AACAAACGGUUAAUUACCACUGCUUAGUUCUAACGACUUUUCCAUCUGUAUGUGCAAAUCACUUAAUAUGUCUACCAUUAAGAAAAAAAAUUUAUUUCCUGUAGUUUUUAAGGUUAAGUAAUUGGAAAUGUUCUAAAGAUGUUUAAGAGUAAAAUUAAGAAUAUCAGUAUUAAACUGAUCAGACAGUUUGCAGCAGUGAGACCAGUGGUUCAACUUGAUUCCAGUAUCCCUAGCGAAAUUGACCAUCUCAAAUUUAAGCCGAAGCACCAUCCGGGUCGAGUAACUCUAAAACCAGUCUCUAUACCGAAGCAUUUGUUAAAAUCCAUUGAAAAUGUCUUAUCAGAUUAUCCAAUAACAUCUAUGAUUGAGGAAAGUAAAUAUUUGGAUAGGUAUUUGCAAGGUAGGCAGCGCCCACUUGAGGCAUUUGAAAUUAAAGAUAUGGAAAAGAAAAUACGACAAGGCAUAAUUGACAACAUUAACAAACAGAAUAUGACCGAGCAAGACAUACAAAGCGUAAAUGAUGUGGUAAAAAAGAAUUUAUCACAACAGAUGAAUAACCGAUGUAGCAUACAGUAUGGUAUACAUCACUCACUUCUAUAUUUAUUAGCCCGUUUUGCACCUGAAUAUGCGGUAUUACUACAAAUAUUCUCAGAAAUUUGUACCAGGGAUCCCAAUUUCAAGCCUAGAAGUUUGUUUGAUUUCGGUUCUGGUACGGGUACCGUCAGUUGGGCGGCAAAACACGUGUGGGACAAGGAUAUUUAUGAAUUUUUUAAUGUAGACGCUUCACCAGAAAUGAAUGAGUUAGCACAACUUCUAAUCCAAGGAGGCCGUCCUACUAAUCAGUCUAAUUUUAAGGGAAUAUUUUACAGGCAAUUUUUACCUGCAAAUCAUAUUGCGUACGAUCUUAUCGUAUGUGCUUACACACUUUUAGAUUUGCCUACGAGGAAAUCUCGAUUGCAAACAUUACUAAAUUUGUGGAAUAAAUCUGUUAAAUACUUGGUCCUAGUAGAACGUGGUACAAGAGCCGGUUUUGAGGUUAUUAAUGAGGCACGUGAUUUUAUACUGAAUUUAAAAGAUGGACACGAUACAUGCGUGUUUAGUCCUUGUCCGCACGAUGCUGUGUGUCCUAAAUUUUUAAACAAUGAUCGAUGUCAUUUUCAAGCUUCAUAUUAUUCAUUACCAAUUGGAUCUGUGUCGCAAUCAUGUAGAGAAAAUUACGCUUACAUUGUAUUAAAAAAAGCAGUUAGAAGUGAGAGUGAUACAAAUUGGCCUCGUUUAAUUGAAGCACCUUUGGUUCGAUCAAGGCAUGUUGUCUGUAGAAUGUGUACAAACCAGGGAAAUUUAAAUGAAGUUGUCUUUACUUCAGCGAAGCACGGAAAAGUCACAUAUCGAUGUGCCAAAGCUUCCAAAUGGGGUGAUCUGUUGCCCAUUAAUAUCUUACCUGACGCCGUUGGGUAAUGGCAAGAUUUGCUGUCCUUACUGGUUCACAAAUUAUCUUUCACUCCUGUUGCAAUAUGUAUCUUGUGGGAGAUUUUGUUAUUAAUUUUCACACUGAA